GUAAACAAGGGGGCGGACCCCAGAGCUCCACCCUCGGGCCCGCCUGCUCCGGUCUCCAUGUUGUGCACUGGCAUCGAAGCCAAACAGGUGCCAUUUUGCUCGAGGGCAGGGCCAAAGCCGUUCAUUUGCGGCCAUGUUAAUGCGGGGCAGUCGUCUCUGCGGGGCGCGCCUGCGAGGUGCUGGAAAAGCGAAACAGAUAAAGGGGGUGAGAAGAGCUGUUCGCAAGAAGUGCUAGGGACGCAGGUUAACGGGACGAACCUUCAGUAUCCCCGGGAACAUUCAGUCCCAGACUAAAUCCUUAGUCACUAUGGAGAGAAAGCUGUCUCAGCCGCCAUAUUGAAGCCGGGCACAUCGAAGCAAACAAGGCGACCAUGUUGGAUUUUUGCCAGCCUACGUGGAGAAGGAGGCUAGGUUGGAGGGAAGGAGAGCCGCAUACAUUAUGGGCAAAAGAUGCCAGGCUGGCUACCAUGUCAUUAACAGACACUACUUUCCUCCACUUCUGCGGAAUACGUUGGUUUUGGGUGAGGGACGUCAGUUUGUCUAAGUUCAUUGUGGCCCAGAAUGUGUAGGCAAGGACAUACUUCUUGGACAUAAGCUAGGUGGUCUAAACUGGCUUGCGCGCAGGCGCAAGCCUUUCACCAUCUUUCUUAUGGGCACCGCGCUGUCGCUGUUGCCCGGCUGAAGCCUCUUAGGCCGACAUCUUUGUCUCGGGCGGCUGGUAUCGGGGAGGCGGAGUGUGCAGCGUGGAGGUGGGCCGAUCGCGAGGAAGUGACGCGAUGCGCCGCCAUGUCUUUUGAGGGCGGCGACGGCGCCGGGCCGGCCAUGCUGGCUACGGGCACGGCGCGGAUGGCGUCGGGGCGCCCCGAAGAGCUGUGGGAGGCCGUGGUGGGGGCAGCCGAGCGCUUCCGGGCCCGGACGGGCACGGAGCUGGUGCUGCUGACCGCUGCGCCGCCACCCCCGCCCCGGCCAGGCCCCUGCGCCUAUGCUGCCCAUGGCCGCGGGGCCCUGGCUGAGGCUGCCCGCCGCUGCCUCCACGACAUCGCCGCGGCCCACAGGGCUGCCGCCGCAGCCCGGCCACCCGCGCCCCCGCCAGCGCCCGAGCCUCCCAGUCCCGCCCGGAGCCCGCCUCGGCACCCCCUCGCCAGGGAUGACGAUGAGGACGAUGAGGACGAGCCCACAGAGACAGAGACCUCCGGGGAGCGGCUGGGUGUCAGCGAUGAUGGAGGGCUCUUUGUGAUGGACGAGGACGCCACACUCCAGGACCUGCCCCCCUUCUGUGAAUCGGACCCUGAGAGCACAGACGAUGGCAGCCUGAGCGAGGAGACCCCCGCUGGCCCCGCAGCCUACUCUGUGCCCCCAGCCUCAGCCCUGCCCACACAGCAGUACGCCAAGUCCCUGCCCGUGUCCGUGCCCGUGUGGGCCUUCAAAGAGAAGAGGACAGAAGCGCGGUCCUCGGAUGAGGAGAAUGGGCCGCCCUCCUCGCCGGACCUGGACCGCAUCGCGGCGAGCAUGCGCGCGCUCGUGCUGCGGGAGGCCGAGGACACGCAGGUCUUCGGGGACCUGCCGAGGCCGCGGCUAAACACCAGCGACUUCCAGAAGCUGAAGCGGAAAUACUGAGACCCUGGGAGGGCGCCUCCCGGCCCGGUGUCCGCCCGCCCCACACUACACCCCCGCCCCGCCCCGCCCCCGGGGCCCGC